AAUAGGUAAUGGCGGAAAUAGCUACUGCUGUUGCUUCCGAAGCUGCGAAGAAAGCUACAGAGACAGCGAAGGAAUUCAUUUCGCAGAAGAUUUCCUAUGCGCUCAAAUACCAGAGCUACAUAAAGAAGCCAAAGGAGCAAGCUGAGCGGCUCAGAAGAAGAAGAGAUGAUGUGAAAGAAGAUGUUAAACUUGCUGAAAGACAAGGGGAAGAGAUUUAUAAUGAAGUUAAUGACUGGCUGACAGGCGUGGAAGAUUUCAUGGAACGUGUAGCAAAGCUCGCUGUUGAUGAAGAUAAAGCAAAGAGGCGCUGUUUCAGAGGGCUGUGUCCUGAUUUGAUUAAACGAUACAGGCUCAGCAAGGAAGCAGAGAAGGUGGCAGAGGAUGGUGCCAAGCUCUUGGGAAAAGGAAACUUCGCAAGAGUUUCCCACCCCGUUAUUCUACAGAGGACGGCAUCCGUUUAUAUUAGAGGCUAUGAGGCCUUUGAUUCCAGAAUGCCAGUUUUGCAGGAAAUUAUGGAAGCAUUAAAGGAUCCUAAUGUUAACAUGAUUGGGGUGUAUGGGAUGGCAGGCGUGGGCAAAACUACAACGGUGAAAAAAGUAGCUUGGCAAGCCAAGGAAGAUAAGCUAUUUGAUGAGGUGGUCAUGACUACAGUAACACAGACUCCAGACUUUAAGAAAAUCCAAGAAGAAAUUGCUGAUCAAUUAGGCCUAACAUUCGUUGAGCCGAGCGUAUCCGGAAGAUCUCUUCGAUUACGUGACAGAUUUAAAAGGGAGAAGAGGAUUCUAGUAAUAUUAGAUGAUAUAUGGGCUAAGAUUGAUUUGGAUGCAGUGGGAAUUCCUUAUGGAGAUAUUCACGAGGGAAUUGGCCAGGAAAAAGAAGUCUGGAAAGACAGAAAAGAUGAUGAGAGGCGAUACAAGAUAUUGCUUACGUCUAGAGAUCAAUAUGUUUUACGCAAUCAUAUGAAUAUUCAAAAUAACUUCUUGGUUGGUCUUUUAUCGAGCGAAGAAGCAUGGUAUUUGUUUAGAAAGAUUGUGGGCGAUUCUGUUGAAACCUCUGAUUUUCGACCUGUAGCAAUAGAGCUGGUCGGGAAAUGUGCCUGUUUGCCGAUUGCUAUUGAAACAGUAGCAAAGGCUCUAAAAAGUAAGAGUCUUCCAGUUUGGGAGGAUGCCUUGGGUCAACUAACAAGAUCUAAUCCCAGACAAAUUGAAGGAAUGGCUGAAAAUGUGUGUUCUAUUAUAGAACUGAGCUACCAUUUUUUGAAAAGUGAGGAAAAAUCACUAUUUCUACUCUGUGGUUUGUUUAAUGGAAGUCGCGGUAUACUCAUUAGUGACUUAUUAAAAUAUAGUAUGGGUUUGCAUUUGUUUCGAGAUGUUUAUACCUUUGAAGAUGGAAGAAAUAGAUUGCUUACGCUGAUCCAUAAUCUUAAAGCUUCGUCUUUGUUGUUGGAUGGUAUCACCAAUUUUUCUGUUAAAAUGCAUGACAUCAUUCAUGCUGUUGUUAUAUCAAUUGCAUCCUCAGAUGAGUUUAUGUUUAAUAUUAAAAAUGUUGGUGAUUUGAAAGACGUAUUGGAGGAAAAAAUACCCAAAACUUCAACUGCUAUAACUUUGCCCUAUGGAGAUUUUCAUGAUGAGCUUCCUGAGAGUUUGGAAUAUCCGAAGCUCAAGUUGUUUUAUCUAUUCAGCCAAAAUCAGUCUCUACAAAUCCCAGACCUCUUAUUCCAAGGGAUGAAAGAACUUCAAGUUUUGGAUUUGACUGGAAUUUGUCUCCUACCACUACCUUCCUCACUCCGCUGCCUAGAAAACCUUCAAACACUGUGUUUGGACGGUUGUCUACUAGGAGACAUAGCAAUAGUUGGAGAGCUUAAGAAAUUAAAAAUUCUUAGCCUCGUAGACUCUGACAUAGAAAAGUUGCCUGGAGAAAUUGGACAAUUGACUCGGUUGAAGAUGCUAGAUUUGAGCAAGUGCUCAAAUUUGAAAGUAAUUCCACCGAAUGUCAUUUCAAGCUUGUCUCGAUUAGAAGAACUAUAUAUGGGCAAUAGCUUCCUUCAUUGGGAGAUUGAAGGACUAAUCAACAAUCAAGAACGAAAGAAUGCUAGUGUUCUUGAGUUGAAGCAGUUGUCUUGUCUUACCACUCUAGAGAUACACCUUCAUGAUCUCCAGAUUAUACCACAAGACUUGUUUUCAGAGAAGUUGAAAAGAUAUAGAAUACUUAUAGGAGAUGUGUGGGAUUGGAGAUGGUAUGCUACUUAUGGUGAAACCUCGAGAAUGUUGAAAAUCAAGCUCAACAACAGCAUUUCCUUGAUCCAUCGAGUUAAAAUUUUGUUGAAGAGAACUGAAGAACUCCAUUUAGAAUUGAAUGGUGUUAAAAAUGCUAUUGAUGAAUUUGACGAGGAUGGUUUUGCACAAUUAAAGCAUCUUCAUGUGCAAAAUGGUCAUGAGCUCUUAUAUGUGAUGGCGAACACUAUGCGGAGUCUUUCAGCAAACUAA